AUGACACCUGAUGUAAAUGCAACUCAGCAGGGAUCUACAUCUCCAUUGUCCGAACAGCGACAUGUGAGCAUCGCGCACUCUACACCGGGUGAUCGGGAGGAGGGCGAAAAUGCAAAUGCGACGGGUGAUGGUGGGGAGGGAGGUACUCCGGUUGAGCAAGGAGAGGGCAGUGUGGGUGGAGGUGGAACUAGUGGAGGAGAAUCGUCGAAGAAGAGAAAGAUUCCGCCAACGGAAGAGAGGAGGUCGAGUGCAAGAGGCGUUGCAAAUUUAACACCCGAACAGUUGGCAAAGAAAAGGGCGAAUGAUAGAGAGGCACAGAGGAGUAUAAGACAGAGGACGAAGAAUCAGAUGGAGGGUUACGAAAGGAGAAUUAGGGAAUUGACUAGUCAACAGCCCUAUCAGGAGUUACAGCAAGUAAUACGGCAGAAGGAAAUGGUAGAGCAAGAGAACUUAGAUAUCAAGAAGAGGCUAUCGCAGGUCAUUGCACUUAUCACACCAAUACUUGGUGCUCAUGGAUUCGAAAUCCCUCAAUUACCACCGCAGCCAAAUUAUCCUCCGCCUAAUCGACCAAAUUCCGCGAAUCGCAAUGCAACGACGCCUAAUAGUAUAGCCUCUCCCAACGCCGUUGCCGGACCCUCAUGGCCAGUUUCUUCUGCAUCAAUGCCAGUUGCUCCUACCCAGGAUUCCAGACCGUUUAUCCAAACUCAGCAAACUCAGCAAUUAGCACAACAAAGACAUGAAAUGGCACAUAAUCUUGAAUUGGGCCCGGAAAGACUCGGUCUAGAUUUUCUUCUUGACGAAGGACAGCGUGGGAAGAUACCCAUCCCUCCUCCUGGUCCACUAGAAACUACUGGAUUUCAACAAAUGCAAAGACCGGCUGACACUAUGAGUCCCAUACACCAGCGCAACAAUUCAACAGCUAGUAGUACAACGAAUUACAAUACACCAAAUAAUUCUUCGGCCUCGGGUUCAGGCUCGGAAGUGAACGGAUUUAGUGCUCCUAUCCGAAACGGGCCUCCUACAUGCCCUCUAGAUAGUCUCCUUCUGGAUUUCCUUCAAGAGCGCCAGGCCGCUGCUCUCGAAGGUCUACCUACUCCCAAACUCGUAGGACCAGCCUAUCCAUCCGUUUCCAGCCUCUUAAAUCCUUCACGUGGCAUUACUUCCCACCCCGUCUCAAAAGUCUUCACCGAUAUCCUUGCCACAUUUCCCGACCUUUCUACUCUUCCCGAACGAGUCGCAGUGCUCUAUAUAAUGUUUCUCUUGAUGCGCUGGCAAAUUCAUCCUAGCCAAGCAAACUAUGAUCGUCUUCCCUCCUGGAUAACCCCACGUCCUUCCCAGCUCUUCACUCCGCAUCCGGCAUGGAUCGAUCAUCUCCCUUGGCCUAAGAUGCGGGAUAUUCUUGUGAGAGAUUACAAUCCGCGGGAUUAUCUAUUUGAUAACUUUUUUAUACCCUUUACAGGUACAUUGAGUGUCAAUUGGCCAUAUGAACCUACAGAUGCACUUUUAAAUUCUGGGGGUGGGACUGGGGGAUCGGGACUGGGGUUUAGUGAGGAGGGUGAGCUGCUGAUUAAUCCGGUUUUUGAAAGACAUUUGAGACGCCUGGAAAAUUGGAGUUUGGGACCUCAAUUUGCAAGUGCGUUCCCCGGAUUGAGGGAUACGUAUCGCGUCAAGAUGGACGGGGAUCGAAGGUAG